AUGGGGACGGAGGAGACAGGCGUAAUUCGGCCGUCUGAUGCGGCCGCGCAACCGCCACGUCUGACGCCGGCCGAAUUUAAGGGAAAAGAAUGUUCACCACUCCACACAAUGCUGGCACUACUUUUAUGGCUUGGCGCCAUUCAUUUCAACGUCAUCAUCUUUUUCGCUGCCUUCGUUUUCCUUCCUCUUCCCAAAGCCAUGGCGGUAGUGGUUUUAUUGGUGAUAUUUAUGUUGAUUCCAAUUGACGAGAAAAGCAAUUGGGGCCGCAAAUUAGGGAGGUUGUUUGAGGCCUCUGAGAAAAACGUUUCUUUAGGUAUUAGAGAAUGUCCUGAGUCGGACAUGGCUGUUGAACCAAUAUUGUCUGUAUCUGACCGGGCCAUAGUCUGUUACGAGGAAGUUGGGGCUUGUUUGAGUCCAUGGGUGGGAGGAGAAAGAAAGGAGAAAUUUGUAGGUUUUCUUGGCAACUGUAUCCAAACUGGUAAGGCAUUUUUGGCUGAAAUGGAGAUGGAUAUGCUUAAUGUGCAGAUAGCAUUAUCUUUUGGAAUUUGUGGAACUGAUGGUGGUAAAAGGGGGUAAGAAGCCAUUGGUAGUUUCCAUAUAGUUUGAGUUGUGCUGCUAUAUUUCACUGAACAACUUACUUUGACUAUGUUUUUUACAGGAGGAUAUAUUGGCUAAUUUAGACUCUGCUUGACUCUUAGUUUCACGCUUAUCCAAAUGGGCCAAGCUUUCUUGGGGCUCAGUUUGCAUCUGAAAGGUCCGUAUCAAUGUU